UGGAAGAUGAUGUGCCCAUCGGGGUAGGAUCCGUGAUGUCAUAAAGCAAAGUGACGUGUUUCCUGAGGGAGAGGCGGACAGACUAAGAUGGCGCCGAUGGGGCUGAAAGCGGUCGUCGGGGAAAAAAUUUUAACUGGAGUGAUCAAGAAUCUGAAGAAGGAUGGAGAAUGGAAGGUGUUGCUGGUGGAUCACCUAAGCAUGAAGAUCUUGUCUUCCUGUUGUAAAAUGUCCGACAUAAUGGCAGAAGGCAUAACCAUUGUUGAAGAUAUCAACAAGCGGCGGGAGCCAAUUCCCAGUUUGGAAGCAAUCUAUUUGAUUACACCAUCAGAAAAGUCUGUUCGAGCCCUGAUUAAUGACUUCAAAGACACUCCAACAUUUAUGUACAAAGCAGCCCAUGUAUUCUUCAUUGACACCUGCCCAGAGUCGCUGUUUACCGAGCUUGGAAGAUCACGGUGCACAAAAGUAGUAAAAACCCUCAAAGAAAUUCAUGCAUCUUUCCUUCCUCUUGAAUCCCAAGUGUUCUCACUGGAUUGUCCAGAUUCAUUCCAUCACUUCUUCAGCUCUCACCCUGCAAAUGGUAAUAGUGUGCUCCUGGAGGAUCUGGCUGAACAGAUUGCAACAUUAUGUGAAACAUUGAAGGAAUAUCCAGCUGUGAGAUAUAGGAAGGGCCCAGAAAUCAAUGCAACUUUGGCAAAUCUAAUUCACGACAAACUGAAUGCAUACAAAGCUGAUAAUCCCAGCAUGGGGGAGGGUCCUGAAAAGUCCCGUUCGCAGCUGCUGAUAGUCGACCGGGGCUACGACCCAGUGUCACCAAUCCUGCACGAGCUGACCCUCCAGGCUAUGGCCUAUGAUUUGUUACCAAUUGAUCAAGACAUUUAUUCGUAUGAAACUGCAGGAGUUGCAGAAUCUCGAGUGAAAGAUACACUCCUAGAUGAGGAUGAUGAGCUUUGGCUGCAACUGCGCCACAUGCACAUUGCUGAUGUCUCCAAGAAAGUAACAGAGUUAUUAAAGACAUUCUGUGAAAGCAAAAGGAUGACAACUGAUAAGGCUAAUCUGCGGGAUCUUUCUCAAAUACUAAAGAAAAUGCCUCAGUAUCAGAAGGAACUCAGCAAAUACUCCACACAUUUGCACUUGGUUGAAGACUGUAUGAAGCACUUUAAGGGCUCAGUAGAAAAGAUGUGUAAAGUGGAGCAGGACCUUGCCAUGGGCACUGAUUCAGAGGGAGAGAAGGUCAAAGAUCCAAUGAAGAUAAUUGUGCCGAUCUUACUGGAUACGAACAUUAAACCCUAUGACAAAAUCAGGAUUAUUCUUCUAUACAUCUUCCUCAAAAACGGGAUCACAGAAGAGAACCUCACCAAACUUAUUCAGCAUGCAAACAUCCAGGAAGACAGCAACAUCAUCCGAAACUUUCAGAACCUGGGUACGACCAUCAUAGCCGGGAGUGGAUCAUCUUCAAAGUCUAAACCAGAAAGAAAAUUACGAACAGAAUCAACUUACCAACUUUCCAGGUGGACUCCUGUCAUCAAAGAUAUCAUGGAGGAUGCUACAGAAGAAAAGCUUUGCAAAAAGCAGUGGCCAUUUGUGUCGGACCCUGCCCCAAGUGCAGCAACUCAGACAGCCGUGAGUGCCCGCUUUGGUCAUUGGCACAAGAACAAGACUCCAACAGAGUACAGAACUGGACCCCGGCUCAUUGUUUUUGUUAUUGGGGGUGUCUCCAUGUCUGAGAUGCGCAGUGCAUAUGAAGUAACAAAGGCUACUGACAGCAAAUGGGAGGUGUUGAUUGGUUCUACUCACAUCCUGACUCCUGAAAAAUUCCUGGACAGCCUGAAGAGUUUAGACAAGCCUCUGGAGACUCAAAGCUGAAGCUCCUGUUGGAAGUUCCCAAACUUGGUCUUAACCUGUAAUUUUCCCAACUGUGAUUAAACCCACAAAAGUGAAAUAGUGACUCUAAAUCAACUGGUUGUAUGUUAAGCUCACUGAAUUAGGUGUAAUUAUUUAUUUAUCUUUAAAUUUAAGUUUACAGUUAUCCUUUAUUAAUUGUCAAGCAAGGGUGCAUCAGUGAUAAUUUACUUGCCACUUAGUGAGUUAGACAUUUUUUUCUUUCCUUCUCCAAUCCAAUUUUCUUCCAUCGAAAAUGCUUGCUCUUGGUGUGAUUUGUAAACAGCUGUUAGCUCUUUGAUACCUCAAUCCUGUCCAUCUGAUGUGUGUUUAACAACAGAGAUAAUUUCUUUUAUGUUUGUUGAUAUUCAGAGACACACAGUAGUUUCAGUCCUUUGUCAGUAUUGAGUCAUGUCAACCUGGGUGGCACAUGGGAAGCCACGUGUGUUUGACCUUAACAUUGGGCUCAUUGUGUGGGGAGUGAGCUUUGCUUUACAAAGAGGAAAUGACAAAGGUGAGAAUAUUUGGUUUUAAUUAGAGAUGGCACCUCACCCAUUCCUGGUCUUUAUGCCUCCAGGUUGUAAUACCAUUGUAGUUGACUGCCCUCAUUAUCAAUAAAACCACCAGCUGCAGAAAUUAAGCUUAAGAUCGUCAAAAGCACCUUUGGCAUAGAUGAGGAGCUGAAUCAUUGGACAUGGCGUGAGUUACAAUGGUUACAAAGAGCUAGAGUACAAUAAACAAUUGAAGAUUGAAAGAUAAAUUGCACUGAUGCUACCAGUUAACUUUUGAAGUGCUUUGAUUUUGAGCUCAACCAAAGUUGGUAAGUAACAUUCCUCCCGGUGAGUUGUUCUAUCUCUGUUAGAACAGAGGUUUAAAAAGCCUUUUCAGUUAAUGUAUAAUCAUAUAGCCUGCCCCUCAACCAAUGGAUACCCCUGUAUUGUUUUUACACUGUACAUUUUAAUGCACUUUGCAUUGUUUGUAAACUGGAAGCAAGGACCAAAUCAUAAAGGAUUGUAUAUUUGUGGUGUGGUGCAUAAUCUUUUACUUUAUCUCUUUGCAAUCUGAACUUUUGUUUUCAAUUACUUAGAUUUGAUGGGUUGAGCUGAAGAAGGCCCUUCAGAUCUAUUUGAUCUGACCCUUGCAGAAUACCAAUGCUAAGCCUUUCCAUGAUUUGUUUUUUGUAGGCACAUGGACCUCUGUUUAAUAUUUACCAAAUCACAUUAAAUAAUGAAAAAGCGAAUUUAGGACACAAUUAUGUAUUAAGAUCAAGUCUCAAUGGGACGGACACUGAAUUUGGCCAUCGUAAUCACUAAGCAGAUGUUAAUGUGAGGCCUAAAAACAAUCGCAGUUUAUAGGUAACGGUUUUCUUAUCUGUAAAAUUUUCAGUCAUCAGUAAUCCUCCUUACGUUGGAAUAUGGUAAUUUACAUGCAUGUGGUGAUGGCAUGUCAUUGCGUUCUCUCUGACAUAUUCAGAACAUUUUAAGACUGUCCCUCCUCUUCCUUCUUCACUUCGCCCCCCCCCCCCCGCCCCAACCCCUACCAACUCACUCACUCUUUCUUUCUCUUCACCACCAUCACCAUCUUUCGACAGGUUCUCUCCAUUUUCCUUUGCAGUGAGUAAGUCAUCUGCUUGAACUAAAUACAAGAAGAUCAGAGAAACUUGUGUUUAAAUUUUUCUGUUACCUGCGCUCUCUGGGUAGAGCCUGGCUUCUUUACCUUCUUAUCCCCUCCCUGUUACUGUUGUCAAAUUUGCGCUGUUGUAUGUGGAAUCAUGGCAUAAACUUGCAUCCUCUGUCUGGAUGGCACCAUGCAUUGCAACAACUGGCACAGCAUAGUAUCCCAUCAAUGUAAAACAAGAAAUGUUGCAUUAGUUUCUAGAUCAUAUAACCUAGUAACGCUCACCUUUAUAUCCAAAGAUGUUUUAAAAACAUUUAUAUUUACAAGUAAACACUUAUUACCUCAAGACAAAUUAUUAAUGGAGAAAAAAAGAGGAAUUUUUAUUACUAGAACAAAGGCUUGCCUUUAGGGAUUAUGUUAAUUUGAGUUAAUUUGUUAGUAAACUCACUACAGAUUACGGUGCCUGGAGACUUCAUCUCCCCUAUCCUUAAUAGCAUCCAGUUUUCUCUGAGAUAUAUAGAAGUGUCUUAUGUUCUUGAUCAGCCAUAGCAUGCCCUGGUGUUGCACAAAAUUGUUUACUUUUUGUCUGACACAAGAUGACUCCUAACUGUGAAAAACUGCAUUGCUUCACGCUGAAGGAGAUGUUUUAACUGUUGCAGCAAUAAAACUAAUCUAGCAAAAGGUAUUUUCAAGAACUCAGCAUCCCAGGAUUUUCACAGGAGAGACACGAUGCUCUUUGGUCAAGGCUACAUCCUCUGAGCGUCAGUGUAGAUUUGCAUGAGUUCACUUUUUUAAGCUUUAUUGCACUAAUUAAAUGCAGCCUUUGCAUAAGUUCCUAUCACCAGUCUGUAAGGUUUUUAAACAUUUUUCAAUGCAGUAGAUAUUUGUAAAUUUUGUUUAAAUGAAGGCCAUAAACAUAUUCAUUAGUUCAUGUUGAAAUCUCUCUUUAAAAAUCUUGCCUUGUAAAUGGUUCAGAUGGAUCGUUCUAGUCUUGGUUAUUAUUAUGUGACACAAUCUUUGUUUAAAGUAUGAUUGAGAAUAUCUGUAUGCUACAUAUCAAUUGUUCAUUGAUCUAUGCUUUGUACGUAUUUUGUUAAAAUGGACCUUUCAAACUACCUAACAUGCCCUUGCCCUACCCCAAUACCGGUUCUGAAAGGAAUGUUGAACAGGAUGACAUAUGCACUCUGGGUUCCUAAGUGCUCAGAUUCAAGUAAAGGAAAUCUCUGAAUUGUGACUUAUUUUAAGAAAUUUUUUUUUUAUACCUGGGGGUGUGUUAAGAAGCCAGUGAUAAGCACCUGAUGGUUUACGAACUAUGCAUAUUUUGAGACAUGCUUUAGCAGACCUGUCAUGGUUGGACAAAUGCGGGCAGUGUUGUCAGUGGUAUCUGGCUGUCUACUACCCUCUUUCAGCCAAAAGGAUGCUUUUCCACAUUGGUGCUCCUGGUCUGAGGAGUGUGCUUAAUGCAUAGAUAUGCGAAAGUUGGUUCUGUAGAAAGAAAGGUUCUGUAGUGAGCUUUCUAGGUUUAUCAGAGCCCCUCUGCACUUUGUCCAAAGUCAGUUUCACACGGGGCAUAUUCCAUAUGGUCCCAUGUUCUGUAGUGGUAAGACCCUGCUGCAACUCCAUCCAUCCUUCCUUCCUUCUGCUAUCCCAGGUGGCCAUCUCUCACACCAUUUGGCUCUAAAAUUACAUCCGGAAUUCAAUCCGUACUUCUUUGUCCCUGUGUUCCUGCAACCAUUUUACAUUGGUCUGUGUAUAUAUGCAGUGCCACUGUGGCAUUAACACCAGCCAGGAUUUCUGUAAGUAAGUCUGACCUACCUUCGCCAGUUGGUCUGACCCCUUCUGAAGUAGCAGGGGGACAUUUUAAGCAUUCUGUCUUGUUGCAGACCAGUUCAUCACAGACCUUGACUGGGUAGGGGGGCUAACUAACUGAAUUCUCUGACAUGUUUGAAUCUUUUGUUUCCAGCAUGUAAUCUGCCUAUAUUUGAUCAUUUCAGUGUGUUGAAUUUCAUUGUGUCCAUGAUUUGUCUAGAUGGCAAAAGUUGAUGUAAAUAUUUCACCUUUAGUAGUUGGAACCAGUGUAACUUUUGUAUGUAUGUGCAUUGAAUAAUUAAAGUCCUAUAAACUCGCACA